AUAAGCACAAGGAAAUAUGAAUAUAUAUAGCACUGUGGUAUUUAAUAUAUAUCUUUUUUAUUUUUGAGCUAAUGGAUUUUUUUUUUAUUUGAAGAAGUCUCAGAAGGAGGUUACUUGAGUACAUGUAAACGCCCUUUUUAAAAGAACUUAUUGUAAUCUGAUUGUAAUAUAAUGGGAAAUGAUGUGUUAUGUAAUUACCUCCAAACCUGGCAAACCCUCUUAACAAAUACAUUAUUCAUUCCCUACAUAUCAAGUGUUAAAUCCACUAUCACUGGAGGCGGGUCUACAGAAAAUCACAGAUUUUUACCUAAACUUCAGCCGACUCAUGUUCCUGUUUGCUCUCUGCUUUCACCAUGUUUGAGUCUCUGCUGCUCCUGUGGAUAUGUCUCUGUGUCUUGUUUAUUCUUUUCAGGUCUGGUCGGCCCAAAAACUUCCCACCUGGACCCUUUGCUUUGCCAUUUUUGGGGAAUGCAUUCAACUUAAGUCUUGACAACCCUCUGAAGUACUUUGAAUCAUUGAGGAGGACUUAUGGGAAUGUCUACAGCCUGUACAUAGGGCCCAGAGCUGUUGUGGUGGUGAGUGGGACCCAGGCUCUGAAGGAGGCUCUGGUUAACAAGGCUGUGGACUUUGCUGGACGACCUCAGGACAUAUACAUGACUGCACUUUUUGAAAAAAAAGGUCUAAUUCUAGCAGAUUAUGGUCAAAAAUGGAAGGAGCAUCGUCGUUUUGCUUUGAUGACCAUGAGAAACUUUGGUUUGGGCAAGCAGUCAAUGGAGCAAAGGAUCCUGGGAGAACUGCAGCACACCAUCAAUAAACUGGAGAAAAACACAGGUAAAAGUCUGAGUGCUCAAGUCAUGUUUCACAACAUCGCCUCCAACGUGAUCUGCCUUGUUCUGUUUGGAAAACGAUUUAAAUAUGAUGAUGAGUUUAUCAUAAAAUAUGUGAAUAAUUUCACUGAGAUUAACAAAAUUCUCAAUGGACCUUGGUCUUUUGUGUAUGAUAGUUUUCCCCACGUUCGCUGCUUGCCAUUACCAUUCAAUGAAGGUUUUAAGAGAAUACAGACAGUGAAAAGCAUGACCACCUCUAUAAUAAAUGAGCAGAAGAAGACCAGAGUUCCAGGACAACCUCGAAAUUUUGUCGACUGCUAUCUUGAUGAAAUGGACAAGAAAGCCAGUGAUAACACCACAUUGUCUCCUGAAGAACUGCUGAUGUCUUGUCUCAAUCUACAUUCUGCGGGCACCGACACCACAUCUAACACACUGCUCACUGGAUUCCUCUACCUUAUGACCAAACCUCACAUCCAAGAGCGCUGUCAGCAGGAGAUAGACAGAGUGCUGGAGGGAAAGGACUGUGUCACUUUUGAUGACAGACACAACAUGCCUUAUGUUCAGGCUGUGGUGCAUGAGAGUCAGAGAGUGGCUGACACUGUCCCUCUGAGUAUUUUUCAUUCAACCACCAGAGACACAGAGCUGAUGGGCUACUCCAUUCCCAAAGGCACUAUUGUCAUUCCCAACCUGUCGUCAGCUCUCAAUGAGGAGGGACAGUGGAAGUUUCCUCAUGAAUUCAACCCUGAAAACUUUCUCAACCACAAAGGGGAGUUUGUCAAACCAGAUGCAUUCCUGCCCUUCUCUGCAGGUUCUCGGUUGUGUCUGGGAGAAAGCCUGGCCCGUAUUGAGCUCUUCCUCAUCAUGGUGACUCUUCUGAGGAAGUUUAAGUUCAUUUGGCCUGAGGAUGCAGGAGAGCCUGACUAUGAGCUGGUGUUUGGCAUCACUGUGACGCCUAAACCGUACAACAUGAAAUUGAAGCUGAGGACCACACAGUGAAGAAUAUGUGUAUUUGCUGUUAAUAAAUUUGAUUAUGA